CUGUCGACCUCAAUUAACGUGGCAUCGCAAUUAUCCUGGAACUCCCGUGGGUUUUCAGCGGCAGGAAAACAAUUAUAAAAAAAAAAAAAAAAAGGAGUUCAUGAAGAAAAGGAGGGCGAAGUAACUCCGCUGUGGCAGAUGUUGGAAAACUCUGGUUGAGAGGAAGAGGAGAAGAAGGAAGAGGAGGGAAACUGUCCUGAACCCAGACAGAAAACGUUCUUUCCGUCGAUGCGGGAUCUUUAUCGCGAUGUUUCCUCCGCUGCGAGCUUCAGCAGGCCACGGUAAAGGGCAUGUUAUUGACUAAAAUUCAUCUUUACGAAAGACUUAACUCAAGUCUGAUUCCAACUUGACUGCCACUGGUUAUGCAAAUCUGCACAACAAGACUGAAACGGCAGGGGGUAAGAUGUUCGUGGAGUCCGUUGUACGAUGGGGGACGUGGAGCAUCCUGCUCCAGUUUGGACUGGGUGUUUCGGCAGGAGUCUGUCCUUCACGCUGUGUGUGUCGACCAGAGGCAAAAGAAGUGAGCUGCUCUGGCAAACAUUUCCUCUCAGUGCCAGAGGGCUUUUCCAGCGAUGCCAGACGGUUGGAUUUUUCCCACAAUAAGAUUAAGACUGUUAGCCGCCGCCAGUUCUCUGGCCUCACACAGCUUCAAGACUUGGAUCUGAGUGAUAAUAUAAUCUCCAUGAUUGAGGUGGAGGCUUUCCAGGGCCUACAGAAUCUCAGGACGCUUCGGCUUAAGAAUAACCGACUCAAGAUCAUUCCAGUCGGGGUUUUUUCUGGCCUGUCCAGUCUGCGCUUUCUAGAUCUGAGCCAAAAUGAGAUUCUGGUCUUCCUGGACUAUACUUUUAAAGAAAUGGUGAACCUGCAAAUGCUGGAAGCUGGUGAGAAUGACCUGGUGUUCAUCUCGCAGCGGGCUUUCUACGGUCUACAGAAUUUGCAGGAGCUCAACAUAGAUCGCAGCAAUCUCACUGCUAUUCCCACUGAAGCGCUGUCCCAGCUCCAGAGCCUGACGCAUCUUCAGAUGCUGCGCCUCACUAUAACAGCACUUCCCAACAAUGCAUUUAGACGACUCCAUCGUCUGCGCAGCCUCCUGAUUGCAAACUGGCCGGCCCUGGACACUAUUGCUAGCAACAGCCUGAUCGGCCUCAAUUUGACCUCACUUGUCAUUACCAGCUGCAACCUGAGUGCCGUCCCUUACUCAGCAAUCCGUCAACUGGCCUAUCUGCGAUUUCUGGACCUGUCCUACAACCCCAUCACUGUUAUCCAAGGCAAUCUGCUUGGUGACCUCCUGAGACUCCAGGAGUUACAUCUAGUAGGGGGCAGCCUGCUACGAAUAGAACCAGGAGCCUUUAGGGGACUGGUCCACUUUCGCAUGCUAAAUGUGACAUCCAAUCAGCUAUCUUCAUUGGAGGAGAGUGUCUUCCACUCUGUGGGUAACCUUCAGGUGUUGCGGUUGGAUGGGAAUCCCCUAGCAUGUGACUGCCGCCUUCUCUGGGUGGUCCGUCGCAGGUUACGCCUGAACUUUGAUGGACAUCAGCCCACUUGUUUCUCUCCCGAUGCUGUGCGUCUGCGAAAAUUCAAAGACUUCUCAGAGAAGGAACUGCCAAGGCUGUUUACAUGCCGCCCUGCUCGUAUCUUGGACCGCAGGCCACAGGAGGCCAGAGUAGAGGAGGGCACAACAGUUCUCUUCUCCUGUAAGGCUGAUGGAGACCCAUUGCCAUCCAUCACUUGGAUCUCAUCCAAUAAGAAAGUGGUUUCUCCAACAGGAAGAGUCAGGGUUUUGCAUAAUGGUACUUUAGAAGUCCGUUUUGCCCAAGUUCAGGACAGUGGCACUUAUCAGUGCCUGGUGGGCAAUGCGGCUGGAAAUGACAGCCUAAAUGUUGGUCUCCAUGUGAAGGGCCUCCCUCGUAACCGAACCAUCCCUUUCUACUCAGACGAGGGCUGGGUAGAGUCUUCAAAUACUCAAGCAGCCAACUCCUCGGCUCAAAUGGCCAAGCCAUACCCGUUUGAUGCAAAGACCUUGAUCAUUGCCACCACCAUGGGCUUCCUCUCUUUCCUCAGCUCGGUGGCCAUCUGUUUUGUCUUCAUGUUCUUCUGGAGCCAGAGCAAGGGGCAGAUCAAACACACAGCAACGAUUGACUUUGUUCCACGGUCUUCCAUGGGUGGAGGGGGAGGAGAGGGUGACGGCGGCAGGUUCACCAUGAAACUUAUUUAAAAAUAGUGCAGUGGUGAAAGUGGUCGUUGCAUUGACUCUUUGCAAAGUGGACACGCCAUUGAGACGUUCAACUUCUACUCAAAGGCAAAUCAGAGUCAGUGUGUUCGGCUUUUGACUGUGUCACCAUACAAAUGAAUAUCUCAUGAUCCUGAACUAGAAAGAGCUAAUGUACGAUGUAUGCACAUUCGAUUUCAACAAUUUCUGCUUCAAACAAGCAAACGACAUCUUACCUAGCACUGGUCCAUUUUUUAUGUAGCAUGCAAUUAUGAAAUUGUUUUUUAAUAAGGAUACGUUGAUAUGAUUGUCAGUACGGUAUCGGUCCGACAAUAGACACAAUCACUGAAUUGUCAGUCAGUCAGUCAUCAUCUAACCGCUUUAUCCUCCACCAGAGGGUCG